AUGGCAUUGGUAACCGCAGCCCCGUACCUCGCGUUGCUCUCAGAGCAUGACCCGAGCUUAAAGUCCCAUGCCCUCACCUCGCUCAAUGGCGUUGCUCACCAGCUUUGGGCGGAAAUCGCCAACAACUUGGUAGACCUCGAGGAACUCUCCGAGGACGACGCCUUCGCCAACCACAACUUGGCUGCGCUUGUCAUUUCCAAGGUGUACUACAACUUGGGCGAUUUCGAGUCUGCAGUCAAAUACGCGCUUCGCUCUGGCCCCGAGUUUGACGUCGAGGAGAAGAGUCAGUAUGUGGAAACCAUUGUUUCUCACUGCAUUGACUUGUACAUCGUAGAGUCCAGCAAGGCCUAUAUUCUGCAAAACGCUGCCGAGCCUGAUAAGAGACUCUUGGCUGUGUUCGAGCAUAUGGUCCACAAGUGCCUCAAAGCAGGAGAUGUGAAGCUUGCCUUGGGCAUUGCCUUGGAGAGUUAUCGGUUGGACAUUGUGGGCAGUAUUCUCAGCUCUGAGUUGGCCAAAGAUGAGGAGGUUGGCAGCCUGCUAAUUACUUAUGUGUUGCUGAGUGCCAAGCAAGUUCUUCCAAAUGCCUCGUUCCGCACUGAAGUGUUGCAAGCUUUGUUUGCGCAGUUGGAAGCACAAGAAAACCCCGACUUCUUCACAAUCUUCCGCAUUCUUGUCCAAUUGAAUGAUGCACAAUUGGCCGCCCGCGUGUUCCGUACUCUCGUCCACGAGGGUAAGUCUUUGGUAGCUUACCAGGGUGCUUUUGACUUGGUCAAUUCCGCCUCCCAGGAACUUCUUGUGAAUGUCACUGAGACCCUCUCCAAAGACGAGAAGUUCGACUCCACUGAUCCUGUGGCCAAGCGUUUGCUACAUAUAUUGUCAGGUGUGCCAACUUGCGACUUGAACAUCACAUUUCUUCACAACAACAAGAGCAUUGAUGUGUCCAUUUUGAACACGAGUAAAAGCUUGUUGGAUGGUCGCAAUUCUAUUUUCCACUCCGCAAUCACCUUCUCCAACGCAUACAUGCACAUGGGUACCACUGACGACUCAUUCUUCCGCAAGAACUUGGAGUGGUUGAACAAAGCAUGCAACUGGUCCAAGUUUUCUGCCACCGCUGCAUUGGGUGUCAUUCACAAGGGUAACUUGUCCCAAGGCUUGAGCAUUUUGAAACCAUACUUGCCAGAAACAACUGGUUCUCCAUACACGAAGGGUGGUUCAUUGUUUGCUCUUGGCCUCAUUUUUGCCGGCCAUGGCAGAAGUACGCUUGACUACCUUAAGAAGUUUGUUCUCGAACAUGGCAAUGCUGCUGGAAGCAUGGACUCAGAUGUCAUGUUGCAUGGUGCCUGUCUCGGGUGCGGUGUUGCUGGUAUGGGCUGCAAUAGCGAGAGCCUCUACGAAGCUUUGAAGGUCGUCCUUUACUCGGACUCUGCUGUCUCUGGUCAGGCAGCUGGUUUGGCUAUGGGAUUAGUCAUGCUCGGAUCCGGUAAUGCCGAGGCAAUCAAUGAUAUGUUCACAUAUGCUCAAGAGACUCAACACGAGCACAUCAUUCGCGGCUUGGCCGUGGGUAUUGCUUUACUCAAUUUCGGUAGAGAAGAUGAGGCAAUGGGCAUCAUUGAUAAACUCUUGGACCAAGAACACCCAAUUUUGAGAUAUGGUGGUGUAUUCACUCUCUCGUUGGCUUACGCCGGUACAGGAAACAAUGAAGCCAUCAAAAAAUUGUUGCACUUUGCUGUCUCUGAUCCAUCUGAUGAUGUUCGUAGAGCAUCUGUCCUCGGUCUUGGAUUCUUGUUGAUUCGCGACCACACCGCUGCUCCUCAAAUCGUCGAAUUGUUGUCUCAAUCUCACAACCCGCAUGUUCGUUAUGGUACGGCCAUGGCCUUGGGAAUUGCUUGUGGUGGAAGAGCUCUCCCAGCUGCAUUGGAGGUUUUGGAGCCAUUGACUAAAGAUUCCGUCGACUUUGUUCGUCAAGGUGCUUUGCAAGCUUCGGCAAUGAUUUUGAUCCAGCAAAACGAGACAGUCUAUCCUAAGGUAAAGGAUUUCCACAAGUUGUACCUGGAUACCAUCAAGAACAAGCACGAAGACGCUUUAGCCAAAUUCGGAGCCACUCUUGCCCAAGGUAUCAUCGAUGCUGGUGGCAGAAAUGUGACCAUCAACUUGGAGAACCCAACUACCAACACAUUAAAUGUCAAAGCUGUCGUCGGACUUGCGAUUUUUGCCCAAUCAUGGUUCUGGUAUCCAUUUGCUCAUUUCCUCUCGCUCUCAUUCACACCAACUGCCAUCAUUGGUGUUAAUUCCGACCUCAAAGUGCCAAAGUUUGACUUGAAUGUCCAGAGUAAGCCAGAAUAUUUCCAAUACCCUCCCAAGGUUGAGGAGGCUAAGGAGAAGCAACCAGACAAAAUCACAAAGGCUGUCUUGUCGACUACAAUCAGGGCUAAAGCCAGAGCCAAGAAGCAACAGGCUAAGAAAUCCAAGGAUGAGAAAGAAGAUGCAAUGGAGGUUGACGCACCAAAAGCGGAUGAAAACAAAAGUAAAACAUCUACAGGAAAGGAUGAAGCUUCGAGCAAGCCCGAGGAAAAGGACGAGAAAUCUAAUGCACCAAAAGUUACUUCAUUUGAGCCUAACACCAUCAGAUACCUGAAAGUGCCAUACAAGAUCAGUAAUUUUUCGAGGGUCUUGCCAAACCAAGCUAAUUUUGUAUCAUUCUCAAAGGAUGAAAGGUUUGUGCCAAUUAGAAAGUUCCGGGGUGCCGGAGGUAUAAUUGUACUCGCUGAUACAAAGCCUGGAGAGCCAGUGGAGAUUAUCAAGACUGUCAGACAAAUGAACAUCACCGAGGCUCCUCUUCCAGAACCGUUUACCUUGAGCGGUGAGGAUUUGGUAGAUGAUAUUGAGUAA